CUUCGCCUGGGUCGCCGGCGGACGCGCGCAGCAGUCCGAGCCUCAGACGCGCGGGAGCGAGGGACCGCGCAGGGACAGCCGGACUGGGGCAGCUGGAGGCGACAGCUUCUGAAACACGCACGACAGCUGCGCUUCGGGGUCUUGGGCAGUAACGCCCCGGCGGGACGGUGGGCGCGGCGCGAAAACGGAUUUUGGUGACAUUCUCCAGUGACAUCCAGUACCUCUGCCUGCUGAAGGCUUUGAUCAAGACUACUCUCAGCUGCUGACAUCAUCCUGAGCAAAGGAGGGCGUAGAAAUCAGGGGCGCCUUGGGAGGCUCCUGACCAGUGAAUCUCCUGAAGAUUGUUGGGGAGACAUCUCACUCUUCUCUCAACAUCAGAAUCAGGAGGAAGCUUCUGUGCUCUCCCUUUGUUGGCUGCACUUUUUUCUACUUCGUCAAGGACACAGCCUAGCAAUGCUAAGACAACCUUUGGCUUAAAGAAUUAAAAAGAAAUUUUACAUCAUCAAGUAAGAAGACUUCCCUCAAAGAAGACCUUUGAGGAAAUAACUGAUCAACACUUUUGAGGAGAGCGAGCAGAGGACAGCCUGGAACCCAGAGUUCAGCUGGCUCUGACGUUGCAGUAUAGUUCCCUGCAUGAGAAAUUAUUUGAGCGUUGCCCGCAACUCUUCUGUGAGAGAAGCAAAGGAAAUUCCGUGUGUGGAUCUCAGCAGGAGAAGAGCUGAUGCAGCUUCAAAUAAUGCCGAAAAAGAAGCACCUCUCUGCAGGCAGAGUGUCCCUGAUUCUCCUCCUGUGCCAGAUGAUUAGUGCCCUGGAUGUGCCCCUUGAUCCAAAGCUUCUUGACGACUUGGUACAACCUCCAACCAUCACUCAACAGUCACCGAAGGACUACAUUAUUGACCCUCGGGAGAACAUUGUAAUCCAGUGUGAGGCUAAAGGGAAACCUCCUCCAAGCUUCUCCUGGACUCGCAAUGGAACUCAUUUUGACAUCGACAAAGACCCUCUGGUCACCAUGAAGCCUGGCUCAGGCACACUCAUCAUCAACAUCAUCACUGAAGGGAAAGCAGAGACCUAUGAAGGCGUCUACCAGUGCACAGCAAGGAACGAGCGUGGUGCUGCCGUCUCUAAUAACAUUGUCGUCCGCCCAUCCAGGUCGCCCUUGUGGACCAAAGAAAGACUUGAACCAAUCACACUUCGAAAUGGUCAGUCAUUGGUACUUCCCUGUAGACCUCCAAUUGGAUUACCACCAGCCAUAAUAUUUUGGAUGGAUAACUCCUUCCAAAGACUUCCGCAGAGUGAGCGGGUUUCCCAAGGCCUGAAUGGAGACCUUUACUUCUCCAAUGUCCUCCCAGAAGACACCCGUGAAGACUAUAUCUGCUAUGCCAGAUUUAAUCACACUCAAACCAUACAACAGAAGCAGCCUAUUUCUCUGAAGGUGAUUUCAGUGGAUGAAUUGAAUGACACUAUAGCUGCUAAUUUGAGUGACACUGAGUUUUAUGGUGCCAAGCCUAGUAAAGAAAGGCCACCAACAUUUCUAACUCCAGAGGGCAACGAAAGCCUCAAAGAGGAGCUAAGAGGAAAUGCGCUUUCUCUGGAAUGCAUCGCAGAGGGCCUGCCUACGCCAAUCAUUUACUGGAUUAAAGAAGAUGGAACACUUCCUGUCAACCGGACGUUCUAUCGGAACUUUAAGAAAACCUUGCAGAUCACUCAGGUUACAGAAGCAGAUUCUGGAAAUUACCAAUGCAUAGCAAAAAACCCAUUAGGAGCCGUGCAUCACACCAUCGCGGUCACAGUUAAAGCGGCUCCAUACUGGAUUGCAGCUCCUCAAAACCUCGUCCUAUCCCCUGGAGAGAACGGCACCCUCAUCUGCAGAGCUAAUGGCAACCCCAAGCCCAGAAUUGCCUGGUUAACAAAUGGAGUCCCAAUAGAAAUUGCUCCUGAUGAUCCCAGCAGAAAAAUAGAUGGUGAUACUAUUAUUUUUUCAAAUGUUCAAGAAAGAUUGAGUGCGGUUUAUCAGUGCAAUGCCUCUAAUGAAUAUGGAUAUUUGCUAGCAAAUGCAUUUGUAAAUGUGCUUGCUGAACCACCUCGAAUUCUCACAUCUGCAAACAUACUGUACCAGGUCAUCGCAAACAGACCUGCUUUCUUAGACUGUGCCUUCUUUGGGUCUCCUCUGCCUACCAUUGAGUGGUUUAAAGGAACCAAAGGAAGCGCCCUUCACGAAGACAUUUAUGUUUUACAUGAUAAUGGAACAUUAGAAAUUCCUGUGGCCCAAAAGGAUAGUAUGGGGACGUAUACUUGUGUGGCAAGAAACAAAUUAGGGAUGGCAAAGAACGAAGUUCACUUGGAAAUCAAAGAUCCAACCAGGAUCAUUAAGCAACCCGAACAUGCGGUUGUGCAGAGGGGGAGCAAAGUGUCCUUUGAAUGCAAAGUGAAACACGACCAUACCUUAAUCCCCACCAUCAUGUGGUUGAAGGACCAUGGAGAGCUGCCCAAUGAGGAAAGAUUCUCCGUAGACAAGGAUCAUCUGGUGGUAACUGAUGUCAGUGACAAUGAUGGCGGGACCUACACGUGCGCGGCCAACACGACACUGGACAGCGUCUCUGCCAGCGCUGUGCUGAGGGUUGUCGCUCCUACUCCAACUCCAGCCCCCAUUUACGAUGUACCGAAUCCUCCCUUUGAUUUAGAAUUGACCAAUCAACUUGACAAAAGCGUUCAGCUGACAUGGACCCCAGGCGAUGACAACAAUAGCCCCAUUACAAAAUUCAUCAUUGAAUAUGAAGAUACAAUGCAUGAAGCAGGGGUAUGGCAUCACCAGGCUGAAGUUUCUGGAACACAGACCACAGCGCAAUUGAAGCUGUCUCCAUACGUGAACUACUCCUUCCGAGUCAUGGCAGAGAACAACAUUGGGAGGAGUGUGCCCAGCGAGGCAUCGGAGCAAUACCUGACCAAGGCUGCCGAACCAGAUCAAAAUCCCGUGGCAGUGGAAGGACUAGGAACAGAGCCCGACAAUUUGGUAAUUACAUGGAAGCCCUUGAAUGGUUUUGAAUCGAAUGGGCCCGGCCUCCAGUACAAAGUGAGCUGGCGUCAGAAAGAUGGUGAUGACGAAUGGACCUCUGUGGUGGUGGCCAAUGUAUCCAAAUACAUUGUCUCUGGCACACCAACCUUUGUCCCAUACCUGAUCAAAGUUCAAGCCCUGAACGACGUGGGGUUUGCUCCAGAGCCAGCUGCAGUCAUGGGCCAUUCUGGAGAAGAUCUUCCAAUGGUGGCUCCUGGGAACGUGCGUGUCAAUGUGGUGAACAGUACCUUGGCAGAGGUGCACUGGGACCCAGUACCUCUGAAGAGUGUCCGAGGACACUUACAAGGCUACCGGAUCUACUACUGGAAGGUUCAGAACUCGUCCAAAAGAAACAGACGCCACAUUGAGAAGAAGAUCCUCACCUUCCAGGGCAGCAAGACUCACGGCAUGCUGCCAGGGUUGCAACCGUACAGUCACUAUGUUCUCAAUGUCCGAGUGGUCAACGGGAAAGGGGAGGGCCCAGCCAGCAGCGACAGAGGCUUCCAUACUCCAGAGGGAGUCCCCAGUGCUCCCUCCUCUCUGAAAAUUGUCAAUCCUACCCUGGACUCUCUCACUUUGGAAUGGGACCCGCCAAGUCACCCCAAUGGCAUCCUGACUGAGUACACCUUAAAAUACCAGCCAAUUAACAGCACACAUGAACUCGGCCCCCUGGUAGACUUAAAAAUUCCUGCCAACAAGACGCGCUGGACUUUAAAAAAUUUAAAUUUCAGCACUCGGUACAAGUUUUAUUUCUAUGCACAAACAUCAGUGGGAUCAGGCAGUCAGAUUACAGAGGAAGCAAUAACGACUGUGGACGAAGGUAAGAUGGCUGGUAUUCUUCCACCUGAUGUAGGUGCAGGCAAAGUUCGAGCAGUAAACCCCAGGAUCAGCAAUCUCACUGCCGCAGCCGCUGAGACGUAUGCCAAUAUCAGUUGGGAAUAUGAGGGACCAGAGCAUGUGAAGUUUUAUGUUGAAUAUGGUGUGGCAGGCAGCAAAGAAGAAUGGAGGAAGGAACUUGUAAAUGGUUCUCGAAGCUUCUUUGGGUUAAAGGGUCUCAUGCCAGGAACAGCAUACAAAGUUCGAGUUGGUGCUGAGGGGGACUCUGGUUUUGUGAGUUCAGAGGAUGUGUUUGAGACAGGCCCAGCGAUGGCAAGCCGGCAAGUGGAUAUUGCGACCCAGGGCUGGUUCAUAGGUCUAAUGUGUGCCGUCGCCCUCCUCAUCUUAAUCUUGCUGAUUGUUUGCUUCGUCAGAAGAAACAAGGGUGGUAAAUAUCCAGUUAAAGAGAAGGAGGAUGCUCAUGCAGACCCUGAAAUCCAGCCCAUGAAGGAAGAUGACGGAACAUUUGGAGAGUACAGGUCUUUUGAAAGCGAUGCAGAAGAUCACAAGCCUUUGAAGAAAGGAAGCCGAACACCUUCAGACAGGACUGUGAAAAAAGAAGAUAGUGACGACAGCCUGGUGGACUACGGAGAGGGGGUGAAUGGCCAGUUCAAUGAGGAUGGCUCCUUUAUUGGACAAUACAGUGGUAAGAAAGAGAAAGAACCAGCCGAGGGAAACGAGAGCUCAGAGGCCCCUUCACCUGUCAACGCCAUGAACUCCUUUGUUUAAGUCUUUACGCUCUACGGCAGUGUCCCAUUUCUCUGGACUGUCUUUCCUGAGCUCCUCUCACCCCUCUCAGCCUAUGGACUUGUGGGUAGAAAGGAUGUUUUCUGCUGUCUGUGAGUAUUAUGAGAGCAAAGCAAGAACACAACCCAGUCACGUGAUAAUGUGAACUGGGGUGCAACGUGCAUACUUUUCGUUGUUCAGAGUGGGUUUUUCUCGAUUUCCUUGGAACUGAUUAAAAAACAAUCCAACACCAUCCACAGCUCACAUCAUUCCCCGUGUGGGAUACAGCUCAAUCAGCUGCAUGCAACAUACCGCACAGAGGACACCCCGCGGAUGUGCUGGCGACAUGGUCAGGUACUUAGUGACACUAUCCUCAGCUGAACCCUAAAUAUGAAUUCCGUUGUUGUUGUGGAGAGUGUUCCUGUAGCGUUCUCUAGAGCUCCAAUGUCUCUGUGGGCAUUGUUGUGAAACUCGUGACUAUGUCUAGCUGUUGUUAGUCUUUUCGGGAGACUGUUAGGAACAGUGUGUACAGUAUAUACUUGCUACGUGAAUUAAUUAUGACAGACACAUCUGCUAAUGCUCACCAAGGCUCCGUUACCUGUUCUUUGCUCCUGUUACUUCCUAGGGUUCUUAACCUUCCAGGUUACAGUGGCAGUGUCCCACUUCUUACACGCUCUGUGUCUAGUCGUUUGGGGGGGACAUAAACAUGACAUUUUGUGAUCCCUUCUGGCAUUUGUGCCAUACUGAAAGAAAUGAAGACAAAACUCUCAUGUUAGAUUUCAGAUCUUAGUCUAGAAAAUGCAGGGCAAGCCACGUGCAGUGCCUUCAGACCCUCAGCGUCUCCUGACGCCUGCACUCUAGAUUGGUCAAUCUGAGCAGCUCCAUCCUGGGCGACUGCUGUUGGUAGGGAGGAACUUUAAAAAGGCAUUGACAAUGAGAACUGAAAUGCUGGAAAGCUUGGAAAGUAAAAACAAGUCAUUUGAAGGGACUUUCCCCUAUAAAUAUCAAAAGCCAAGAAAGCUUUGUCAUCAGCUGGAGAACGUGAUGGGCCUGUGGUCUUUUGUUGUUUCUAGCCAAACAAGCUAUUAUUGAGAAAGAAAAAUGUACAGUUGGAAAUGGAUGGAAAAACACAUGAUUCUAGAGCUAAAAACACACAACAGCAUGUGAACAGAGAUACCAGUAUACCUGUAUGAGCUUCCAAACUCUGCAGCAUCCAACAAUGUAUGUGCAAACUGCAACAGGCACACUCCAGAAUCUGCACAAUCUGGCAAGCGCUUAAUUAGGCCAGCAGUCAAAGAGAUUACAGCUGCAGUCUAAAGAAUAAACACAUUUAUCCUACCAUAGUCAUAAACGGUGUGUAUGAAAUGACUUACCUCCAAUAUAAAAAUCUAUGACAACCUAUGGUUGAAGGAAUGCUCAAAUUCACUUGCCAAUAAAUUGGUUUCUCAUAACUUGCAUCAAGUUUAAUUUUAAGUAAAGCUUUCUCUAUGUAGAUAUUCUGUUGAAUUUGUAAAUAUAUGGAAAGUGUAGAUGCUAUACUCUUAGAGGUGUUACGUGCAAAUAAACUCGCAAGCAAUGUUUAUGUUCUGCUGUGUGAGACGCAAGCUCAUUAAUUAAUGCAGUGCAAGUGUCUGAAAACAGCAAAUGCCUACUUUGGGUUUUUCUCCCUCUUCUUUUUGCUGUGGAACUGAAAUUGUGAGCUAUUUUAUCCACUGUGUCAGCUAGUUUCUGACCGAGAUCCUCAGCAUUUUGCCGAUGGAGUACAGUAGAAUUUGUUACCUGGCGUCUUUGAUGUAUACAGGUAAAACUUGCUUUAAAGUGAUCCCUAAAUGAAGUGGCCCUAAAUACUAUCGUGGCUUCACAUUUACUAUCUCCAAACCAGCCUAUCAAUGGGAAAUACAAAAAUUAAGACAGGCUUGCUUAGACACCAGAAAGCACAGAGACUAAAGUUACUUCAGUGUUUUCAGAGAAAAAUAAAUACAUGUGUAGUUUCUGUUCUUCCAGCUGGAGAUGCUAAAUGUCUCUAUGCAUGAAGUCACUUCUGCAGAUCAUUACAGACUUGUAUUCAAAAUUAAAUGUGGUUUUAACAUCCCUCCCUCUUUUGAACUCUGUCGUGUUCCCAGUGGAGUGGGAGUGACCAGGUGUAACUGGUGAUCAACUGUGCACAGAGCAUGAACCUGUGACCAGAUUGCCGUCCGAAAGUGACUAACAUUGAGUUUUAGCUCCUUCAAACCUGUAUUUUCAAAGGUUUUGAAGAAAUUUUGACUUUUUUGCUUUAUUUUUUAAAGGCCUAGGACAUUAUCAUAAAACUAAGUAUAAAAAUUAAUAAAACAGCACAAUCCAGACUUUUUAAUGAAAAGUUAGGGGCUAAGCAAAAAGAGAUAGCUCCAGUCUUUUGAGAAAAGGAAAUGAAAUAACAUUGUUUUCUUUCUUAAAAAGCCCAAUUGCUGGUGCCCAGUCAGGGAUGACCAGCCCAUUCCACCAGCUCAGACCUCCUCCUGCCUCAAGCACAAUUUGUAUUUCUUAACAUGGUUGCUUGGUGAGAGAGUUUGAACACUAAUACAUAUUACAAAUAUGUCAUCCACUUUUCUCUUGCUCUCUUCCUUCUUCUGUCUUCGAGCCGUAUAGGUGUGUGAAUAGCCCAAACUUAGCAAUUACCAACAGUCCAUUACCUGCCCUCGUCCCAGGCCCCUGGUCCCAGCACUACACUCAGGAGACUCGCCUUGCCCUUUUGGUUGUUUCGAUAGCCCAGAGCUAUCUAAUAGAGCUCAGAAUUCCUCCUAGAGAAGCCAUGUUCAUGGCUCGCUCAGAUCCUCCUUUCUCCUCUUCACUGUGCGCCAGAUUAACAGACUUUAGGCGCACCUGCACUCUGCACCAUGUUCACGGUUCUGUGGCAACAGGGGCUGUAAAAGAAUAAGCAUAGCUUCAGAAAGAUUUGAUAGUUAUAAAGCGGUAUAAACCAUUUUGUUCCGGUGGUUUUAACGACUUUUGAGAUGAGGGGAGUCAGGGAACUCAGGGAUUCUCAUCUACGGAAUGCAUUGCUCCCGCUCGAGACGUUUCUACUGCUGACCACCAGAGGGCGCGCCGUGUUUUAUUCUGCGCAAAGAAAGCCAGAGAAAGCCGCCUAGGGAUACCGUCCCAAUCAGUUUGGAUAAUCAAAGGCCGACCUGAGGGAGCAGAAAAUGAUCACCUGCUGCAACGAAGGACACGGGGCUGCAGCUCUCCCUAGUGAGCUCACGCUUUCCAGAGAGGAAGCAUGAGGUUUGUGAGCCUUUUGCAUACUUUUUCUCUUGAUUGGGCUUCAGCCUGGGAGGUUCAGGGGAGGAGUUGCCCUGGAGUUCACUGGCCAGGUUUGUCAGGUGCCUGUGUGAGAUGAUGAGAUAGGAGUCCUUAAAACGGCAUCAACCCCUUUCUUCAAAGACACUAAUUUUGUCUGGCACCAAUGGUUUGGUGUUUGUUAUUGAACAGAACACACACAAAAGCAGUUUAAAUACCACCCACAGCUCUUAAGAUUCACUUAAGAGAAGGAGAGGGAGAGCAGAGAACGUUACUGCAGUAUCCGUUCUGAUUAGUGGCUCCGUGGGGUGGAAAGAUCAGUGGCCCAGAGAGAAGGAUUUGUACCAACUGGGCCAUCUGCCAGCGUUACGGCCCUGCACCAACCCCUCCUCUAACCAUUUAGAUAAUGGUUUCCUCAGGUAGACAAUGCUGGCGCAGAGGAUGUCUAGUCUAAUACGCCUUUCCACUCCAAUCCUGUGGGUCCUAGGAACAAAAGAAUAAUCUGAGCACCGGCUAAAGCCGGGAUGAAACUCAGGCAAAACCGGGGCUGAGUCCUGCUCCGCUGUCGCCUGGAGCCCAGUGUGCGCGGACAGGGACAACAGAGGAUCACCUGGAUGGGUGCAAGUCCACACUCAGGAAAGAGCUCAGAAUGGAAAGCAGUCUGAACACGGCGGUCGGGAAAGAGGCCCCGCGGAAUGAAAUGUGAACGGAAAGGUGAAAGGCAAGGACAAGCCAUAGAAAAGUCAGGGGACAAAGCUGGCCACAGUAAGGCCAGCAUGCCUGCCUAGAUGCAGAGGCCAGUCUAGCUGGGCCUGAGGACCCUGUGCCAAGCCUAUUUAGUAUCAGUGAAGAAACAAAGGAAGGUCAGGAGCGAACAAAAGGAUCAAGGAACUCCUCAGAUUAAGGGCAGCGGUGUAAGCCAUGGGGCCCAGAGCAAAUUGCUAAGGAAGAACAUGAACUAGGGGCUGAGGGUGGCGCACCAUCCAGAAACUCUCAAUGUAGCCAACAGGAGGGGGAGAAAGGACCUCCCUGGAAAUCCUGCUUGUCUCUGCAAAGCAGGGACGGUGUUCAGUUGGAAGCAAGGGAAAGGCCACUGCAAGAAUGAAAGUGGGGUGUUUCUACCUGGGUCUGGACAACUCCUCCCUGACAGAUGCCAGCCACCAGUCACCCCUGCCCCUGCUUUUCUGGCUAUCCACUGACUUUAAACAGCUCAAGUGUUGGAAACAAACAGACUUCCGCAUUAGCCUUAAUCCCACACCCUUCAGUUAUCAGUUCUCCUCUGCUUCAUGUCCAGAUGGUUGAACUGCUAUCAGGAAACUUAUAAGGGGCUAAUCGCAGACGCCAGUAUGGACCAGACAGUCCAUCCCUUGUUCUUUCCAUGGCCGUAAACUAUCCCCAGUCCCACUCAGUGUGUCCUGUAGACCACGUCCUUCUUCAGCUCUUAAGUGUGUGCCUCGUUAUCUCAUUGAGUGGCCCAACAAGAAAGAGGAUUGUUUUCAUUGGCGGUUAUCAGCUGAUUCACAGAAAUCACCGGGCAGUUUUUAAAGCCCAGUGCCUGUUUGACAUCCACAGUGGAUGUUCACUGUUUUCAGGACCUGAUCUGUACCUCGCCUUCACUAGGAAAGGGUCCCCAGGUGAUUCUUAUGUGCAGCCAGUGUGAAAACUGAUGAUGACCGUCUUAUACUUUGCUACUGUAUAAGUAGUCACAGAACGGUAUUUCAAAUAGAGUCCUCAACACAGCCCAAUGGUGGAGCUCAAAUUCUCUCAUAUGCCCCACAUAAAAUGAAUCUAGAGAGCCUUGUAGAAUGCUCACACAUUGGUGGUGGGAAUACAAAACGGCGCGGCCACUCUGGAAAAGUGUUUAUCAGUUUCUUUAAAUAUUGAAUAUAAAUUUACCAUGUGGCCACAAUGCAACUCAUAAAUCUAGACUCAAGAGAAAUGAAAAUCUACAUCUAGCCAUGGGCGUGCAUAUACGUGCUCACUAAGUAUCAAUCAUAACUGCUAGGAAACAAGCCCAGCGGCCAUGAGCGGAUGAACACCUGAACAAAAUGAGUAUAUCUCAUGAAUAGAGGUAUGGCUACCUGGUCAGAUGAAACACUACCCGGCGUGCUCUAUAAAGGGCUGUUGAACACAAUGGGAGGAAUCUCUAAGAACAUCGCAUUUUAAAUGCCAAGCACAAAGCCCACUAUUCUCUUUUACUUGAACUGUCCAGAAAGGCAAAUGUGUGAAAACAGGAGGUCGAUUGCUAUCUGAGGCUGGGGGAGGUGGAGACAAGGAUUUACUUCAACUCGGUGUGAGGGCUCUUCCUGAAGUACUAAAAUGUCUUGAGUUUUAUAGUUAAAACAACUGAAUUAUGGUAUCACCGACACCUCAAUAAAGCUUAUGUUUGUCUGAAUGGUAAAUAGAGUUGUGUAUAAGUGAGGCUUGAGAUGAGUACAGGCUCACACCAGGGUCACAUAAUCUCUUGUUCUUCAAGGAUGCUACAAGGCCAUCAACGCCAGGUGUUCCCCAGAAUGGCAGCAUCAGUUGUUAGAAUCGCAUUCUUGGCCUGCCCCCCAUCAGUCGAUUCAGGAACUCUGCAGGCAUAAACUUGCAUCUGACCUUCUAAAAAUCCCUCUGAUUCUGAAACACACUAGCUUGUGUGGAACAUGGCGCUCAGCCUCUCUCCUGUCUCAUCUGCAGGAAUGGGAAAGACUUAGCUUUGAGGUUAAAGAAAGGGACCAGUAGUUUUCAUAAUAGAAAAGAAUCUUCAAGUAGUCAUUCGAGUGCCCAUGAUAGGUAAGUGGUUAAACAAAUGUUUGAGCUGUGCCCCAUGUUCAGACCACCAGCCAUCAGUGGACACAAGUAUUUCACGCCACUAAGGGGAAAGAACCGAACACAGAGCGCUUGCUCAUAUGGAACAUUGGAGCAGAUAAAACUUUCCUCCAAGGACAGGAAGCAGGCUGUGGCUGCUAGGGAUUGGAGUUUGCAGAGGGAUUUAUUUACCUCUGGGAGGCAGCGAGAACUCUUAGGGAUGAUGGAAGUAGACCGUAUUUUGGUUGUGAGGAUAGUUGUAGGGGUGUUCAUUCAUCAGGACUCAAAAAUUGUAUGCUUAAAGUCAGUGUGCUUUGUUAUAUAUAUUGUAUCUCAAUAAAGUUGAUUUGACUUUGAAAGGAAAAUAAACUGGACACAAGUGAUUCCUCCCCUUA